AUGGGGAAAAGACCAGUGGAUUCUUUACAGAUCAGUGUGGAUCAGUCUUCACCACAGGAACGUCCCGGCUGACACCAGGAAGGGCCACAAAAUGGCCAAACGCUCUUCUUUGUCCAAAGGUUUGGCUGUUGCCUUUGUGGUCUUGACGGUCUCUGCCAUCGGCGGCAUGGUCGCUAUGGUGACCCUGUUCAAGAUUCAAAUGAACGGCAUCAACGCUACGGCUUUACCGGACACAACAACCCCCUCCCCGACCCCGCCACCCAUCAUGAGGCUGCCGAAGACCCUGGUACCCGAACUCUACGAGAUCAGCCUUCACACUGACUUCUACAGCAGGAUCAUUGAGGAGGUCAACGUCACCAGUCCCAACCAGAGCACACUCUUUACCGGGAAUGUCACCAUCCACUUCCACACUGUCCAGAGUACUGACCUCAUUUACCUGCACUGCAAGGACCUGGAUGUGUCCCACCACCCCUCCCGCCUCCUUAACAAAGAAUACAACAUCGGCAUAAAGAUUAAAUCCAUGACACAGUACCAAAACCAAAGUGAGUUUUUGGUGAUACAGCUGGAGGAAAAACUGCAAGCAAAGAUGAACUACAGCCUUUUUCUGUCCUUCAAGGGACAGAUGUCCACAUAUUUGGAAUCUCUCUUUGUCAGCACGUAUACUGAAGCCUACCCCUCUAGAGACUUUGAGGAAUACUCCGACACGCUGAGAUACGCUGCUGCCACACACCUGAAGCCGACACAAGCCAGGACGCUGUUCCCCUGCUUCGAUGAGCCGCAGAUGAAGGCUGUAUUCAAGCUUACGCUCUUUCACAGAGUUGGGACUUUCGCUCAAGGGAAUGCAGAAAUGGAGGGCUCCGACAUAAUGAGCGAGGAAUGGAAACAGACUCGCUUUGUGUCAACGGAGAAAAUGUCCACCUACCUGUUCGGCUUCACUGUGUCCGAGUUCAAAGCCACAGAUUCACCAAAAGGCCGCGUGAGCAUCAAAACUUACACUCGCCCUGAGGCCAAGGAGGCGGGACAUGCCAUCUACGCCGCCAACAUCACCAGAACGAUCUUGCUGUUUUACGAAGACCGCUUUGAAAUUAAUUAUCAACCACUCAAGAUUGAUCAAAUUGCUCUGCCGGACCUCGUUACAACUGGCAUGGAGAACUGGGGGCUCAUCACUUACCAGGAGGCGUCUGUGCUGUACCAGGAGGGCGUGUCCUCGCUGUUACACAAGGAGAAGGUGGCCACUGUCAUCGCACAUGAGCUGGCUCACCAUUGGUUUGGAAAUCUGGUGACCAUGAGCUGGUGGAAUGAUGUUUGGCUGAAUGAGGGCUUUGCCACAUACUCAUCCUAUUUUGCAGUGGACCACGUGGAGCCUGACUUUAAAAUAAAAGACAUCUUAAUCAUGAGGGACCUCCACGAGGCGUUAAAGGAGGAUGCACUGAUCACGUCGCGGCCCCUCGCUGUUCUUCCAGAUGAUGUUCAGACGCCUUCUGAGAUCAAGGAGAUGUUUGACACCGUCAGCUACAGCAAGGGGGCCAUGUUGCUGAGAAUGCUGGCAGACUUUGUGGGAGAAACCGCCUUCAACCAGGGGGUCAAAACGUACCUCAAAGCCUUCAGAGGAGCCACGACAGAGACUACGGAUCUUUGGCAGCACAUCGAAAGCGCUCGACUUGUCAAGAACACUUUCACUGUUUCCAAAGUGAUGAAGACCUGGACAGAAAAGCAGGGCUACCCCGUCAUCAACAUCAACACCACCAAUGGAGAAAUCUUCCAGAAACAGUUCCUGUUCAACGGCUCCAUCACAUCCAGCCAUUGGUGGUACAUCCCCAUCUGGUUCAUGAAGGGUAGCCUUGAAACUGCUUUUCUCUGGCUGGCUGUCCCAGGACCAGUGAAAAAGGAAGAGUUCAUUUCUGGAAAGGACUGGAUUCUGGCCAAUGUGGACUGCCUGGGAUUCUACAGAGUCAACUACAACCUGGAGAACUGGCAACGCCUUCUAUGGCAGCUGGAAUAUAAGCCAGACAGGAUUCCAGUGAUAAACAGAGGGCAGCUCAUUGACGAUGCCCUCAACCUGGCAAGGGCCAAUCUACUGGAUGUGACCGUGGCCCUGAAUUUCACUUUCUUCCUCCGGAAUGAGAGGGAGUUCAUUCCCUGGGAUUCAGCUGUCAAGAACAUGGAGUAUUUCUUCCUUAUGUUUGACCGCUCGCAGGUGUACGGACUUAUGCAGGAGUACCUCCGCUCACAGGUCACUGGACUGUAUGAAUUCUUCGCCAAUGAAACCAACGCUUCAGACGUACCGAAGACUCACUCCUUACAGCACAGCCAGAUCCUCGCCAUCAAGGUGGCCUGCUCCAACGGACUCCCAGAAUGCUUAGAAAUGGUUGAGAGCAAGUUUGGAGAUUGGAUGAACAAUGGCACCAACAAAAUUCACGUCAACCUGCGCUCCACCAUCUACUGCCAGGCUAUGGCUGCGGGGGGGCAGGCGGAGUGGGACUUUGCUUGGGAGAAGUUUCAGAGCUCCACUGACAGCUCUGAGAGGGAUCAGCUCAGACAUGCUCUGUCCUGCACCAGGCAGACCUGGCUGCUCAACAGAUUACUGGAGUACAGUCUGAACCCCGACAAGAUCCGUCUGACGGAUGUUGCCUCUGUUGUGAAUGACGUAGCUGAAAACCCAGCAGGACAGGCGCUGGCCUGGAACUUCAUCAGAGCUCACUGGGACUAUGUCAGCCAAGGUGACCCGGUGUGGCUGAUUGAGGCCGUGACCAGAAGGUUCUCCACAAAGUUUGAAGUGGAAGAGCUGCAGCGCUUCGCUGAGCAGUACGAUCUGGGUCCCACCGUCAGAGCCGUUCACAAAGCCAUCGAGCAAACCCAGGUCAACAUGAACUGGGUCAACAAGAACAAAGACCGCGUCCUGCAGUGGUUUAAAGUCAUAACUGCUCAUCUAGAUGACAAAUAACUUCAAAUGAUCAAAGACUUCCAUCACUGCAGCUCAGGUCCUGUGUUUUAGACCGCUUUACAGGCUUCACCAGAAAAUCACACUUCAGCACUCAACAAAUAAAGUUAACAAGAAUUGUAUUUAUUAUGAUGACCCAAAGGUGAAAUAGUUUGCCCAACUACAGUCAACACACAUGCUGGAUGAGUGGUUUUUCAUUUGCACAUUCUGCAGAUGAAGCCAGUCCAAUGAAAAACUCUGAAAUAGGAAUAAUGACCCCAACUGUUGGCUGCAAACUUCUCAAAGUGAUCUCAAAUGAUUUUGUGGACUCGACAUGGUCUCCAAUCCUGUUUAUCUGCUGCAGAUGAUACACAGAUAAAAAUAAAGCACUAUUGUUAUUGUUGUUUGUGA